AUGGCUAACCAAGGAAUUACUGAUGUGGUUAAACAAUUAGCUGAGGUAGUGCAGAACUUAGCACAAGCUAGGAACAACCCAGGGCUUGAUCCGGCUGGAGAAAUGUUAAAAAAGGUGGCCCAAAGUAAUCCUCCAUUGUACCAAAUGGAGAUUGAUCCAAUUGUACUAGAAAAUUGGCUAAGGGAGUUCGAUAAGCUGAUUAGAUGUGAGAACACCUGGAGAGCUACACCUAAAUUUGGAUGGGAAUCAUUUAAGGUUUCCUUAAGGAAUAAGUUCUACCCGUUAUAUCUGAAAAGGCAGAAAGCCCAAAAAUUCAUUGAGAUGAGAAUGGAGGGAAUGUCUGUGACUGAGUACUACUCGAAGUUCAUAGAGCUAUCUAGGUUUGCACCUGAAGUGGUGGCAACGAAAGGCUCAAAGAUUCGAGAGUGGAUUGACUAUGGAUUUACAGAUGAGGCUAGCUGGAGAGACCUUCACCUCUUUAGACACCUUGUACAUACGGAAAAGAUGCCCAUCAGUAUAGACUGCAGCUAA